ACGCGCUUUGGCAUGGAUUUCGCCGAGUCGUUCCUCGCCAACCUAUACGACGAGGAAGAGAAGCAUGACGACCGCCCGCCGCCUGGAGCCUCCAAGAAGAGGAAGCUGACGUCGCCCCGCGAGGCCAACCCGCGGCUCCACCUCGCCUUUGCGGCGGCGCCGCUGCUGUCGCCCAUCGUGCACCGCUCGGCCAUGCCACCGCCCAAGGCGGUGCCAGACGAGGCUGCGCCGCUAUGCCUCGGCAAGCUGGAAGAAAACCGAGACCCUGCCAACUCGUCGCUCGAGACGUCCGUUAGCAGCGUCGGGUCUCUGGACAAUAAUCUACUGGCCGACUUGCUGCCGACGGGUGCAAGUCCGGCGCUGUCGAGUGCGAGCCCGGCACUCGUGGCUAGCAAAGACGCACCGACCAUGGACGCGUUCGAGCUGCCGCCGCCGAUUCUCGCCACACCGCCGAGCAUCAAGCCCGUUACAGAGACGUUGGUGCUACCGCCGCCUCUUGCCGUCGUCGUACCUGCGACAGAAGCCACUGGAACAACAACGGCCGACGCUCCUGCGACCGAGGCAGCUUCCGCCGUCGCGCCAUCUCCUGCGACCGCGCUGCGAUCCACUGAGAGCACCCGGAAGGUGUCAGAGGACGAAAGCGUGGUUAGUGCUAAGGCUCCUUCUUCGGUCGAAGACGACGACGACGACGCCGAUGCGAUUGCAGCUCAAGUCGAGGCUGAAUUUGAAGCCGACGAGAUCGCUGCCGAGGUCGAAGCCAAGUUUGCCGACUCGUUGGCAACAGACGACAACAAAAGUGCGACGACGACGCCGCUCUCGGACGACCAUCUCAAUCAGGUCAAGCUCGUGCUCAAAAAGUCGAUUGCCAAGCAGCACGCGAGCAGCGGGUCGUCGCUCAUCGGCCUCGAGACACACGUGGCGCAGGUCGAGAGCCUCCUCGAGCGCACGAUCGUACAUGGCGAGAACCAAUCGGCGCUCCUCGUCGGGUCCGUCGGCAAUGGCAAGCGCAGCAUCCUCCAGAAAGCCGUGCACCAGCUGCAAACCGCCUAUGCGCACGCGCACCCGUUCCACGUCGUGCACCUCAGCGGCAGUCUCUUCAGCAACGAGAUUGAGGCCUUUCGCGAGAUCGUCCAGCAGCUCUCACCGGACGGCGCGAUCGGGCAGCGCAGCGUCGCGUUCUUCAACAUGUACGACUUUAUGAAGCAGCUUUUGCUCGAGAAGGCGCUGCUGAAGGAAGCCGUCAUCUUUGUCCUCGACGACUUUGACGCGUUCGUGAGCGAAAACAAAGCCAAGCAGCUGCUCAUGUACAACCUCCUCGACUGGAUGCAGACCAAAGACGUGCGCAUUGGUCUUCUGGGCGUCUCGAGCAACUUCAACAUUACCUCGCAGCUCGAGAAGCGGGUCAAGUCGCGCUUCUCCAACUUUCAGAUCGUCGUGCUCCGACAGCCGAUGAAGAGCAUCUUGCAGCUGCUCUGGAUGACGCUGCAGCUGCGCGCGCACGAGUGGCCGCUCUCGAACCCGCCGCCAGGAGCGUACUUCACCGCGUACGAAGAAGCGCUGCACUUUAUACUCUUUGACGCGGCGUCGUCGCUCUUGCCAGAGCUGCAGUACUGGUACGACCUCGGCAAACCGACGCACGUGUUUCUGCGCCUCGCCCACGUGGCCGUGAACGCGCUCACGCCGACAUCGCCGCUCCUGGGAUGGAGCCACUUUGAGACGGCGAUGGCGCAACUGGCGCCGCGCCACCAGCUGCAGACGCUCCAAGGUAUUACGACGCGGGAGCUGACGCUGUUGCUGGCCAUGAUUGCCCUCGAGCGCGUCGGGCGCAGCUCGUACUCGUUCGAGAUGGUGUUUCAAGAGUGCAACCUCUUUUACCGCAAGCACUCGCUCAAGUCGCCGGGGCGCCUCGACGCGCUCAAGGCGCUCGACAAUCUCCACUCGCUCCAGCUCAUUCACCACAUCUCGGGCUCGACGACGGCCGCGCAGCAGGUGCAGCCCGAGUUCCGCCUCCUCCAGCUCACGCUGCGCGCGUCGGUGAUUUUGGACGCGAUCAAGCACAAGCGCAUCGCGUGCACGACGCUCAUCGAGCAGUGGGCGCUCAACGGCUUAUAA